AUAGGUUAUGUGGUGCCGAAUAGUUUUAAGGUUAUCUUUUUGUUUACCACAAUAAAACACCAAAGAAAAAAUGCCUAAAACCGUAGACAAUGGCUAUUACUUACCCGGCGAACUAAUAAAAGACAUCAAUUCGAAAGACAAACAAACAAUAAUCGGUCCGGGACUGCGCAGGAACGACGAGGAACCAAACACUUUGAUAGCCACCCAAGCGGGCACGUUAGUCUUUAGGCCCCCGAACACCUACUGGAUCGAAAGCAGACGAAAUCGCUACAUACCGAAAAAAGGCGACUACGUGGUGGGCAUAAUAACGAAAAAGUCGGGAGACACCUUAAGGGUGGACGUCGGGGGCGCCGAACCGGCCAGUUUGUCCAUGCUGGCCUUCGAGGGGGCCACGAAAAAGAUGAAACCGGACGUGAACGUCGGUGAUACGGUGUUCGCGAGGGUUUUAAAUGCCCAUAAGGAAAUGGAACCCGAACUGGUUUGUGUGGAUCAGUACGGGAAAUCCGGAAGGCUCGGUGUGUUGUCCAACGAUGGGUUCUUGGUGCAUGUGAAGCAGCGGCUGGUGCAAACGCUACUGAAUCCGGAGAAUCCACUUUUGAGGACGAUCGCGAGGAAGUUUCCUUAUGAGAUCGUGAUCGGCGUUAAUGGGAAGGUGUGGAUUAAGGCCAAUCAGGCUCGGGAUGUGCUGGUGUUGUGUAGGGCUUUCGAGGCGGCAGAGUUUGAGAGCGAGAAGGGGAUUAUCGAGGCUUGUAGACAGCAAAAAUAAAUUUAUGGAUGAGGAGUUCGGGGUAUUUUUCAAAUUUAAUUUUUUUUUUAACUAUAAUUUUAUAAAGUUUUUGCUAAUAUAUACAGACAAAUUUUCAAGUAA